AUGAAGGGCAGAGCGCACAUUUGGGUUGCCCUCCUGUUGGCUUGCCUACCCCCGCGUUUUAGAAAUUUAGACAAGGACGUUUCUUCCCCGGUAUGCAGAACUGACGAUGUGUACACGGGUGAUGCCUUUUACCCUUUCAAGAAAAAGAAGUACGUCCUCUAUGAUGUUCACAUCGGGGAAGGCUUCAAUCUGCAGAAGGAAGUGCUUUACCGAGUCGCGCUGGCCGUGUACUACCUCAACCAGGAGGAGCGCACACACGUGCAUUAUCUCGUGUUGCCUCCCUGGUGCUACGUCACCCACUGGGGAAGAGAAAGAACAAACGCCAGAAUUAAGUGGAGCAUUUUCUUCAAUCUGAAGGCUCUCCAAAAUGUGAUCCCCGUGAUGGAGUACGCUGAAUAUGAGGGACAGUUUGGGCCGCACACGGAUUACAUCCUUUCGUAUAGACAUAUCAUUGGAGAGUGGCCCAAAAGGGGGGAUAAAAAAAGUUUCCAAGUUUUGAAGCUAGACAAAUGUCAAGUGAAAGGUUAUAAAUUGAAAAAAAAUUUACGUAAAAAUUGUGACCAUAAAUAUUCAGUGGAAUAUUCAGGAAAAUGCACAAAUGUGAAGGGAAAAAAAAUGGAGUGUUUGGAAUUUUUUUUUAUAACUAGCCAUUUUGUAAGUUCCACUCUUUUGGACAUAUUUCAGUACGACGCUGAUUCUGUCCUUAUCAAACACGGCAGCAACAUCCUGGUGGCUUUCAUGAACGAAUUGGUGGAUGCCAAUUUGGAGGAUGUUCUCCCAUACAGUGAGGAUUUAAUAAAUGAGGGAGACCAAUUUGUUGAGAAAAAUUUCAAGUCAAGUAAAAACUACAUAAGUUGCCAUCUGAGGUACACGGACUUUAGGAAGAUCUCCACAUAUGACGUGUCGCCCGUAGGCAUUUCUCUUUUAAAACUCCUUUACAUCAUGUUUUUGCGCAAAAGUACCCUCAUUUUUGUGUCAACUGAUGAGAAGAAGGAAGUGAAAAAAGUGAUUGAUAGCCAAUUUCCUCAAUUUAAACAUUUUUUUUUUUUUUAUGAAAAUGAAAAGUUGCACACAGGACAGGUAGCCAUCGUUGACCAGUGGAUUUGCGCACGUUCAGGCACAUUUGUGGGGAACAUUUUUUCCAGAUUUAGCAUGCACAUAAAAUGGGAGAGAUCUUUAAUCGGUAAGGGGGGGCCAGACCACAAUUUGGAUCUUUGCGGUUACAGCAUUAGCACCAAUCAUGAGUUGCGAAAAAAAUAUUCUGACGUUCAAGAUGCUCACUUAGAUGAGGAGGCCUUGCAGAAGCUGCGCCCCUUGUACAUGCGUCUCUCUCAAAAGGAUAGGGACUUCCUCAGGACCAUUUGCUACGACUUUGCGCAUUACUACCCCCAGAAUGUGAGCAUCUACCGCAGGGGGGAGCGGCGGGAAGAAGGGCGCUUAAUGUAG